AUGAGUAUCGGCGUCCCCAGUGACCCUCCCAGGGUCUGGGGCGGCCCCAGGGACCUUCCCAGGGGCGGAGGAGCCCCCAGGAACCAUCCCAGGAGCAGCCGCGCCCCUCGAGCCUCCCAAGGACAGCAGCGUUCUCAAGGACUAUUGCAGGGGUUGCGGGGUCCCCUAGGACCACCACCGCCCCUGGCACGGGCCCUCGGAGCGCCACCGCCCCUAGGAGGUCCCCUGGAAGACCCCCCUGGGGGCUCCAGCGCCCCUGUCAGGGCUCCUGGGAAUGCCACCGUCCCUGACAGGGCCCCUGGGGGCGCCACCACCCCUGGCAGAGCCCCUGGGGGCUUCUCCUUCCCUGGUAUGGACCCUGGGGCAAGGCUGUCCCUGAGAGGGCCACAUGGGAGAGCCCUUGGGGCGCUGCCGUCCCUGAAAGAGCCUCGGGUCGCUAGCGCAAGUGACAGGGCCCCUGGGGGCACCCUCAUCCCUGAGGACCCUGGGAGCACCACUGCCCCUGAGAGGGUGCCUGGGACCGCCACUGCCCCUGGAACUGCCACUGCCCCUGGCAUGGUCCCUGAGGGCGCCACCACCCCUGGCAGUGCCCCAGGAGGCGCCGCCGUCCCUGGAAGGGCCACUGGGAGCGCCGCUGUCCCUGUGAGCACCCCUAGCACGGCCCUUGGGGGACGCCGCAUUCCCUGGGAGAGCCUCUCGGAACGUUGCCGUCCCUUAGCGGGCCCCUGGGAGUGCCGCUGUCCCCGAGAAAGCCAUAGGGAACGCCAGCGCCCCUGA